GCUAGGAGCAACAAUCGACUAAUAGUUAAUAAUAUACCGAUUUUCUUUUGUUUUUACUAAAGUGUUUUCAUGAAUACACAAUGUGUCUAAAACUCUGCUGUCUGCGAUUUGCGAUAGGCCCGCCAAAUUGAUAAAUGUAAACGGCGUUACUGGAGCCAUGUUCGACCCUGCACGUCACGAGUUUUGUGACGCAGCAGUAAAAGCACGGCAGCUUGAUGCCCGGCCACGUUAUAAUCUCGAUCAACUCGAUUUCGCCUGGUUACAACUACUUAAUCGAGAGCGUGGAGCCUGCGGACUGCUUGAACUCACUGAAGAGGUAUUAGAAAUGGUUGUAGACGAUCUCGAAACACGUUGUCACACCAACAUGACGGCAAAUCAGCUUGGUAUCGAGUUUGAUGAAAACACUCAAUGCGAUGUUUGUUUAUCGCCUGAUUCUGAGGAAGGCAACGACAUGGUCUUCUGUGACGCCUGCGAUCUCUGCGUUCACCAAGCUUGCUAUGGGAUAGUCACCGUUCCUGCAGGCAGUUGGUUGUGCGCGCCCUGUGCUCGCGGCUAUUCGGCCAAACCAGCCUGCGCCCUUUGUCCACUGGAAGACGGGGCGCUCAAACCUGACGCUGAUGCCGAUCUUUGGGCACACGUUACCUGUGCUUUAUGGAUUCCCGAGGUGACCAUUGGCACACCUGAGCUCAUGGAACCACUACAAAACCUUCACAAAAUUCCAACAUGGCGACGUCGGCUUACAUGCAGUGUAUGUGGUUGCGAAGGUCAAGGUGCCUGUAUUCAAUGCAGUUUCGAAAACUGCAAAGCUGCGUAUCACGUUACGUGCGCGCAGAAGGCAGGUCUUAGUUUGUUGAUGUGUGCCGCUGACGUCAACAAUCCUCUGCUCGAACUUAAAAGUUUUUGCCAUGCCCACGUUAAAUAUCGAAGCGCUACCUUGGCACCGCACCGAUAUAAGAAAGUGAUCGAAUAUGGUGGUCAAGCGGCGAAUUCGCCCAAUGCCAACAAACGAAACCAUUCGCCAGCCAACAGCAGCUCCGCUUCCAUGCGCCAUUGUGGUAACUCUGCAUCGUCAGCAUCAUCUGCUAAUGGCGACGAAGUUCUUGAUGUCGAUAGCGCACUUGGUGAGAGCACAGAAGGCAACCUCAGUACCGGUGUGAACAACCUCGGCGGUCAGCAGCAAUUUCUCGAUUUUGUUGACCCCAACGAAACAGCGGCCCACCUGCGUCAGUUUGUCGACCCACUCGGCGUUGAUCAGAUCUUCAAUUUCUGGAAGUUAAAAAGGUUAGAGAGGCAGGGUAGAGCGCUGUUGCCGCCUAAACAUGAAGAAAAUAGCGGACUGCAGCGACCUGUCCAAAUUGACGAUGAGCUGUCGAACACGAUUCGUUCUCUUGUAAACCUCCGACAGGACUUGGAGCGCGCACGUAAUCUUAGCUAUCUCGUGCAACGGCGGGAGAAGCAGCGCAAGCUGUGGAUCCGCGCCAGGGAAGAUGUCACAAUGGGACAGCUUCGAGCUGCUGAAGAACAUCCUGAGUCGUUGCGAAUUAUUCGGACCGCCAAUCGACUCGAUGACAUCUACGACCGGCUGCAUAGCUUCGAGAAGGUUUACGGAGUACCAGCCGCAUCCGUGGUAACCUCCCUAAAACGGACAGUUGAACGAGAUAACGUGAAGGUCCACGGUGGCUCUCCGAUUAGUCGAAUUCCGGCGCCAAGUGUGUAUACCCCGGCCAUAACUCAGACGCUCUCGGUCCAUCCAUCGGUGGCGAGAGAGAGUGGCCAAAGGACUGUUUCUAUCAACCCGGGUAGGUUCCGCCCCCCUCCACUUGCAUCAUCCGUGAGCUCACGAGGGCUAGAGAUCCACACGACAAGUAAGCGUAGAAGAGAACAAUAUAGCCCUGAGGGAGACGAAAACAACGCUCCUUUUAGGGUUAGAACGCGGCUUAAUUUCUCCACAACUGUGGACGUUGUGUCAACCGCAACAGCUGCCCCAGAAAAGCAACAUUGUACCCAUCCAAUAAGAUCCCCCAGCAAACGUCAUCGGGCUUCCACUCCCACGACACCAGUGCCUCGUUGUAGCACCGCCUCUAUAACCGGCACAGCCAAUGGUUCUUCGCCGACAUCUCGCAUCUCUACAAGUAGUACAAUGCAAGCUACAGCGCGGCUUAGAUAUCUACGGGUGGGCCGGCGGCGCGGAGGGCCCUUUAAGCGGUCGAUGGUACUCGAUCUGCAGAGCGGCUCCCCGGAGCGCCCGCUUCCCCCGACGAUAGAACUCCGAUCGCCAACGGUUUCAGUAAGGCAGACGCCGGCAGCAGCAGAGGCCCUGUCGUCGGCGGCAAGCCAGCAGAGUUCGCCCGCGCGGCUUGUAUCCUCGCCUACCAUUUACAGCGGCUCCAUUCGUCAGCAGCCACCGCACACCGAACAGCUGCCGAACCGCAGACUGGAGGAAACCGCCCCCAUGAGUGAUGGGACGGUUAGUGCAAUCGCGAGCAGUAUGAAUACUGGUAGUCCUGACCAACAUUCCAAGAAAACUUCACUAGCGACUUCUCAAUCUCUUCGAAUAGCCGUGACGUCCUCAUUCGCUGGUGCGGCGGACACUGCGCAAGCAUCGUGCUUGAAUGACGCAAAUGGUCCGUUACCCACGAACGAUGUCAUACGACGUAGUCAACAUUUGUCACAUAAUGCAUACCCAGUACCAUCAAUAGCAGCAGCAAACAAACGACGGGGUCUAGCAGAGUCAAGACCGACGCGAGGUAGAAGAUCGUUAGCGGACACGCCCGUUGCUGAUUUAGAAGGACACUUUAUCAGGGGUAUACCGAAAAGGCCGACAGAGGCUAUUCAGCUUUGUAGUCACGACAAUGUAGCCACCAACAGUCGAGUUGGUGAAGGUAGUGCGAUCAGUAAUACUAGCAAUCUUGGCAGCGAGAAUCAUAAAAGCACUAUUAGCAGCAAUUUAGAAAGUACUGACGCAGAUUCGGACACGGAGUCCGUCGAAAUACUCACCGGUGUCGAAGUCCUGCAGCUGCGAACGCGAAAUUUAACGCGGAACGCGACUUUGGUAGCGGAGGCACCUGCUGGCCUAUCAUCGUCGAGUUCUUCAAAGCCGGCUUAUGGGACCGGCCACAGGAAACAGCGACAUCAACCUAGAGAAGAAGGGCAGCAGCAAAACCCCUUACCAGACGCAGGCACGGUUACCACUAAGUACAGCGAAAAUUUCCCAGUAUCGUCUGGCACGACAGCGAAGGCCAGUGCAACCCACCUGGUUGCUUCCCCGAACAAGCAUACGCGUUCAACUAUUGUACACCAUAAAAACAGUAGUAUCAAUGCUAGCAGCAGUAGUAAUAGCCAUAGGUUUACUAAGAGCGUUAUUAGCAACACCAGGGUAAGUACCAACAGCAGCAGCAACUUGUCAGAUCGACCACCUCACUUUCGCCGUCAUCACCGUCAUCAGAAUCGUUCGGACAAUCAUCGCUAUUUUCAUCAGCGGCGAAGCGAUCAGCAACGACCGGAGAUUCGUACACUCCGUAGCAGCCGGGAUAAGGUUGCGGCGCCAAAACUACUGUCGAAUAUAACCGCUGUACCCCAUCGAAACGGCGGCGUCCCGGACAACCGCCUAACCUCUACUAGGCAGAAGGGCGUUAGCUGUAACAGUCAGUAUCAGAGUGUUGACUGUACGGAUUUGAAUGAUGGUGUCACCGGUGGUAGCAAUAGAAACAGCAGCAGUAAAGGCAACGGGAGCGGUGGUAAAUCACCGAAGUCAACGGAGGGCCGACAUUUACCCGUUAGAGCCGCUCAGACGCACUUCAGCACCGGUACGACAAAGGCUGUUGAUCCUGUUAAGCCAACUUCUACGAUGGGUGAUGCUUUUUCUGCGAGGGAGUCGCGGCAAACGCGAAAUCGGGUUCACUUUCCUUUUACAGUUACUCCAAAUGAUGUUGGCGAGGAACUGAAAGUGGUAGCGAAAGUGGCAGCCCCGAGGUUAUCGCGUACGGAGCCAUUACGAAUAACAACCCCACCAAGUUCACCCAAUAAGUCGUCGCAUCCGCCUCCUCGGUUAAACGGUUCCCCGGUAGCGGAACCUCUCAUGCUUCGGUCAAACGCGAAAAAAGCGGAGAGCGUUUUGCUUCAUACCGGGCAGGCCAGUACUGUUUCAGCGAAUCGCAGCGACGGCGUCACCUAUGGCAAGAACGUUGGCCUUGGCAGAAACAAAUCGUUGCAGUAUUCCCUUUGUUACUUCGAUUGUACCGUUCGGCUGCAGCGAUUGAGCGGGGCACAGUUGCAGCGUUUUGUUAGAAUUGUGCCCAAACGUGGAAUUACAGGCCGGGCAACCUGACACUUAUCGUCUCCAAUCAACGACAAUGCUGCUAAUUCUAACAGUAAAUAAGAAUGAACAGGUUUCAAUCCAUUAAAUAAUUAAAAUAUAGAUUCAUAUUGCUAUCCCGAGACAUUGCAUUUAGACAUUGCACACCAAUCUAAUGAGAAGAAGAAGAAUAUCGGACUAAUGGAAGAGGGAGAAAGGUACACCACUGUUGUAGUUUCUCUGGAAUAGCAGAAAUGGAUGAAAGAUAUGGAGACUUGCGAUCUACACUCUGGGGAGGGGGAGGGGUAAAGCAACAGCUCGAGCCGCAAAAACGUUCCAUUAGAUGCGAGUUUUUGAAACAAGAGGCCAGAAUCGUGUAGUACAUUAGACGUGGUCGAAAUUGAAAAACAACGAAGUCCAAGUCUUGGUCUGGCAGUAGAUUAACUUAACGAUUGAGAAUGAAGUUAGCCAAUGUGCUUUGAAAAGCUAAUAUGAAUAUAUAUGAGGUAAAUCUAGAACGAUCUUGCAGCGCAAUAUACAUAUAAUUUGUGCUGUAAAAUACAUUAGAUACAAAGAUAAUUCUUUUCAAUAUAUCUAUAACACUGUUGAAUCGUAGGAAGGGGCAAUCACCCACUACGACGCAUAGACAUUUGUGUAGGUACUCCGUUACAUUAAACGUCCAAAUAACGUGAACGUCAAGUCAUAAUUGAAUCAUAAUUUAUGAUUACUAGGCCUUACGCAUAUAUAACCAUUAGGAUAUCACAUGUUCAGUUUUCAGCGACCGUCUACAGUCGGCUUUGCAAGCAACUUUACCGAUUCCAUUUGUUGUGGCGAUAGAGAACCAGUUAUAUAAGGGUUUACUGGCAGUUAUGUGAGAAUAGGGUAUUUGAUACUCUUAUGUUGAAAGGUUGGUUCCUUGCUUUAAAUUAGCCCAGUUAGCAAAUGAAAAGGGCACCACAAAAAAGUUUUCUCUACGAAUUUGGCUUGUCCAGGCCGAACUACUAACUUGUAAGAAGAAAUGUCUAUAUGUCAGUAAAUACGAGCAUACACGAUAUGUAUAUCUUUAUAUAUAUAUAUAAAGAUAUUGUUGUCCUUGUUGAUACUUCAUAGAUUAAUGAGCCUUUUUCGUGGAUGAAGAAAUCUAUUGUGCCCUAAAAAGUUGAAAGAAAAUCUUGGUAGCUGAAUGUCGCAGUAUCGGAAUAUGUGCAUCGACGGAAUGACAACGUUUAGAAUCAAGCUCGAUAUUGAUACAUACUGUAAAAGAAAGCAAAAGGAAUCUAUUGCAAUUGUACAUUAGUAAACAAUUAAGGCAUGUUUAACUGUACAAAUAGGUCGCCUAACAUUCAAGAGUCCACAUCUCAUCACGAUGUCACAAAGAAGGUAUUAACGAGCACAUUCGAGACUAAUACAAGGACCAUAUGCACGAGUAUAUAUACGGAAGGUAUACCAUCUCUAGUCAUCGCAGUGUACACCUCAUCUGGAUUAAUAAAAAAAAAGGUUCUAUAUAUCUCUGUAUACAUCAUAGCUUAUUAACUGACGCAGACAAAAACAACUUUUCUCUCGAUUUUCCUGUAAGAGGCGCUGGAUUCAAUUAAAUUGGGCAAAAAAGGUUCUGUUGUCUUUAGGCAUUAAUUUAUUGUAAUUAUCGAACAAAUGAACACAGGUAAAGUAGUGCCCCUGGCUUCUUAUGACUUUAGUCCUUGAAAACGAUACAUUCAACGGCCCAUUUGAAAACCUCAGUCUUUGUUCUGGAGUGCUUGCCUUUCUGGCGAUGCUGCAUUGAUCGAACCAAGUGACAGUCAGAAAGCAAUGUCCGGCCUGUACACCAAAUUAGGCAGCGUUGCUUAUCCCAGGUUCGUUAACGCUCGCGAAGUCAUUAGAACAAUGUGUGAUGUAGCGUUGUUAUGCACCAAUAUCACUUCACGUUGGCCUCUGCCAGUUCAAAGCCUCUUUCUGUUAAUUUUGUGGUUCAGAUGAGUUGACUUACAUAACAGUCUUCUAUAAUUUUUUCCAGGAAUUGGAGUAUCUCACAGUAUAACACUCCUUUCUCAUUACACCAUAUUCAGAGGUGAAGAUUUUAACCAUAAAUAUUUCUUUGUGUCGCCGAACUGGAAAGCUGUGCAGAGCCUAUCCUGGUUUAGGUUUAGAGGUGGCGUAAAAGAUCCACCUUGCAUCGGCGAUAAUAAUCUUGUAUAGGAACGACUUACUUUUCUGACGUUUAAGUAACAAAAGACAUUUCCCUUCUUAUUUUGUCGAAUUAUUUUUUUAAGUCUUUCCUACUGUAUGCAGACGAUUAACAACAGUUUUGCGGCGCCUUCCUGGCUAUGAAGAGAGCUUACGGGUUAAUUGCGUCACAUUCUCUUUUAGGAAUGAUUGCAGUUCACCGUCGUUCGUUUAUUGCGGCCGUUUGAAGUAUAACUUAUCGUUCAAAUAGAAGUCUCUGGCUUUAAAACUAUUGAACCAAAGCAAGCGAGUGCUAACGCUAGCUGCACGUAAUUUUCACUCCUUUCUGUUUGGGCAGCACAUUUUUUUAGCACGAAAACGGUAGUGUCCAGAAAAACCACUGAAAUGUUCAACGUGAAACUUUUUGAGCUCUAUGACUAAACACACUAGGCCACCAUUUCUAACGACAGCACGGCAAACGCCGACAGUUAAAACAAUCAUCCUGGGAAAUUUCAGCUAAAUACUGUCGGCCCAUCCGACUCUAACGCCAUCUGUCGGUUUUAACGGGAAUUUUUUGCCCAACUUAAUCAUAGCAAUCCUCAAAGUAGGUUGUCCCUUAAAGAUAUUUAGAAGGAUAGUCAGGUCGCUAUUUCAGCGCUAUAAAUAAACGAUACGUCGUGUUUUAUUUGCAGAUAAAGAAGCAAGAUUCACAUCAUGAGUGCUUGCCGAUAAUUGUUCUACUUAAGUUAUCAAAAGCAGGAAAAAUCUACAUAGUAGUUCUUAUAUUCUUCUGGGACCUGUUUAGAAUGCUUCGCAAUUUACGACUUUGAGAGUUCGUUUAAGUUACUGCUGAAUGAUACAUUGGUAUGACGUGCAACUGUACGGUAAUUUCCUCAGCUUUACGAUAGGUUAAGGUUUGUCAGCAAUUAAUUUCCUCGGAAUAUUGUUGCAUUACGGGUAAAACGUUUACGCGGCCCAACCGUUAUGGAUCAAAGACGAAGAAAAAACCACUAUCAUAUUGCACGCGUCGCGUAUGCUCAAACAUGGAAAUACUGGGCGCUGGUAACGGGCUCAGCAUUCGUUGGCGUCGCAGGGGCAGGAUGUUUCGUUGUAUUUUGUCUCGCGUAUUCUAAUUACGCUGCUGGGAUGUGGGCGCUUUCGGCGGCGAUUUUUAGUUUUGCCGCACUGCAUCUACACAUGCUGAACCUAUUCGAUCGUCUAAGCUCUUGGCACGAUGCGCAGUCCUUUACGCAGAUCAAGUAUCUCGCUUUGGGGGUCUGUGGCCUUUCGACGAUAGGCGGAGCUGUAUUUGGGGCACUAGCUCUUCGAAUGAAAGAAGAAGUUGACUUUGACGAGAACAACUUCUUCAUAUCUUCGAUUGCUGCCGGCCUGAGCCUUCUGUCGGGUCUGAUGUUACUGGUUACGGCGAUCUUUUACCGAAAGCACAUUCGAGAAGCGAGCGAUCAGCAAUUCCUAACCGAUGAUCAACAAUCACCAGGUCCCCCCUAUGCCUAAGUCAUCAUCACCAUUGCUAGAAGUAUGAAGCACUUGAAUAGGAAGGCUUAAUUACAACUGACUAUUAUUGUUGCGUAAGAGAUCGUCAUUUUUUAUUGUUGAAAAUAUAGAAUAGAUGGACAGUGACAUUGUUCUUUUUCAUAGAAAAAGCCGUGUUUUUACAGUCGUAUAUAUAUAUACUAGCGGCAGUAGUCAACAAUAUGAUGCUGUGGCAUAGUGUGCUAUAAGAAAUGUCCGAAACGUGGAGAUAAUUUAAAUAAUUUAAGACAAUAUUUUAUAACUACAUUUCAUGUACACAAAAUGACUAAAAUAAUCUACGGUACAAGCAUGUACAGCCUGUAAGCUGCUCUUACUACAUGUUGCCUGCCUAUUGCAUUGUCGAUAUAUUGAAGAUGGAAAACUCUGCCUUUUGUAACGUCUUUCGUAGUACUCAUAAAUGAUUACAACUGUAUCAUAUAGGUCAUGUACUACAUUAAAAUACGACAGUGCCCUAUUUUGUAAAUGUUACAGUUUAAUAGCGGCUUCCGGUGGCUAUAAGAUUGCCAUAUUAGUAUUAAAGUAUGGAUGAGAUCUACAUUUCUCACAGUUACGCUAUAGACCUCCAAGUGAGAUAGAAGUUGUAAGGUGAGUUAGAACGGGUUGAUUUUCCUGGCUCUGUCGAACCCAUGCAAGGCCCAUCUGCCAUAAAAAGUGAUAGUCAAGUAAGUAAUAAUGCGAGUUACCUAAUGAUUCUACUAAAUACUUAGCAUUUAAGAACGCUUGCCGCUUUUUUAUUCUUUCUUAUUUUUUGCCAUAAAGGUACUUGGGGCCGAAUUCGCCGUGUCGCCUAAAUGAGCGAGUGCAUAUAACAGCUAAUUAUAAGCACAUCAGUUUUUUUUUUAGCAUAAAAUGAACAUGUAUUAUCUUGAACAUCUAUUAUCGUAAAAAAUUACACAACGUCUUCUGUGUACGCUCUAUGUUCAUCUCUGGAUAAAUCGAAUGUAAGGUUUGGCAAAAAUAAAAGUUUUGUCGGUUUUUAACAA